AUGUCUUCGAUGCGAAAUGCAGUCCACCGGCGCAACCACAAAGAGCGCGCCCAACCCAAAGAGCGUCAAAAGCUUGGCCUCCUAGAAAAACACAAGGACUACUCCCUCCGCGCCGCCGACUUCAAUAAGAAGAAAAAGCAACUCAAGAACCUACGCGAGAAAGCCGCAAACCGCAACGAAGAUGAGUUUUUCUUUGGCAUGCUCAGCCGGUCCGGAGUCGGAAAAUGGAACUCGAAGGGGCGACGGUGGACGGGAACGGUGGAUGGAGACCGGGGCAACCGCGCGUUGGACCAGGACGUCGUCCGGUUGAUGAAGACGCAGGAUAUCAACUAUGUGCGGACGGUGCGCAACGUGGCGACCAAGGAGGUCAAGGGGCUUGAGGAGAGGGUUGUAAAUCUAGGUGGAAGUUUGGAUGGCGGCGGGCUGCAGAAUGAGGAAGAGGACGAUGAGUGGGAGGACGACGACAUGCCCGCGAAGAAGAAGCCGAAAAAGAUUGUGUUCGCAGAGGCGGUUUCGGAGAGGGAGGAGAGGAUACAGACGGAGUUGGAUAGGGAAAUUGAAGACGAGGACACGGCGAACAAGGAGGCGGAGCAGAAUCCAGAGGCCCUGAGGGCAGAGCAACGGCAGCGGCUGCUCAUGAAGCUGCAACGGCGGCUGCAGCUUGCGCGGAAAAAAGUGACGACGCUCUCGACGGCCGAGAACGAACUCGAGUUACAGCGAGCGAAGAUGGCUAAGACGGCUACGGUGGGGGUUGUCACCAAGACGGGCAAGAAGUUCAAGGUGCGCGAGCGGAAGCGAUGA